CAAUCACUCACCUACCUACAUUGAUGACGUAUACUAUUUACGGCCCCCUUACACACAUUACCUACUAGAUCGAUACAUAAAUCACGCCAAAAUGUCAUCUCGCGGGAUCCCCGAGGUGUUGAUGCAAAAGGUUGACGAUUACGUCGACUCGCUGGCGCCUCAGAUCCAGCCCCGCAUUGCUUCUGAGCUGGAGACAUUCCAACAAAAGACCAUCGACAGCCUCGAGACACAAGUUAUCGACGCCUUUCGCUCACUCUUCAACAAGGACAGACCUUCUUCGUCGGGUGGCAGCCGCUCGGGGCCCUGGAACCUCAAUGACGCAGCGCCAGAUGCUUAUGGCGGGCAAUCACUACCCUUUGCAGACGAGAUUGCCAAAUUGACCAGGGGUUUUGGCCAGAUCUCUGAAGAUGCAGGCGGUGAUCUCCGCGAAAUCUUCAAUCUCACAGAAGGAAGCAGAGGCGGCAAUGAGCAGAGCAGAUCUCUAGAAGGAGGGGGAGGCGACUUUUCCUCUGGAGCGCGGGGCUUCCUUUCCUCUGCACUCAACAUCGUACAAGAGCAGCUCGAUGAACGAGGAUCCAAGGGAGGCCAGUCUUUUGAAAUUGGUGGUGUGCUUGGUAUGAUUAGUAGCACCAUCAAGGAUGCGUCGCAGAAUCCAGAGGAGAAGGCGCGACUCAUAAGCCCGGAAAUCAAGCAGACUGUCGGCGAAAAGCUGCGCUCGCAACAUGCACCUAUUGCUGAACAGUUCACGCGUAUCGCUCUAGAUCACAUCAAGCGCUGGCUGCGCGGUAACACAAGUACCCGUGAUCUGGGCGACGGUGCCAAAGCCGAGAUUGCAGAGCAAGUUGGCGAUCUUGUCAAAGGCUUAGGAAGUCUAUUCGGUAGCAAGAAGAGCGGCCACGAAGAGUCCUCUCGCGGUAUCGACGAAGCCAAUCGCGAUGGCGAAGGUGGCAGUGGAGGUUUCUCCCGCGUCAUUAGCGACAAGCUCAGCACCGGUCUUGCUAAAGUCCACCGUGAAGUGCGUCUUGAAUUCCGCAAAGUCCUUGGCGAGAUCGAGAAGCAACUCUUUGAACUCCUGCCCGACCAGUUCCAACGCCCGCUUGAGAAGAUCUUCGGCGGCAAUCCGUUCGACUCCCAGCUCGACCGCGAUGCAUCCGGUCCUGCUGACCGCGGCUUUGGCGAUGACAUCAAAGCCAAGCUGCUUGGGAAAAUCCGCGAUUUAGUACGCAAAGUACAAGAGACACUGCGUGAAAGUAUCCUGGGUGUCGUGAACGGUGGCCACCGCAAAUUCGAGCGCGAAAGCUGGGUCUUCGUGCAGGCAAUGGUCGAGCAGAAGGUGCAGCGAUACCUCCCUGAUGUCAAGAUCAACGUACCAGACGACAUUGGAAACGAGAAUGUCAGUGUAGGCGAUCCGACGUCGAACUCUCAGCACAUGGGUGGAGGACAAUCACAGCAACAGCACACGGCUCCUCCUCCCCAGCAAGGCUAUGAUGAGCCGCCACGCUACCAGAACAAGCAACAAUACCAGUCGCAAGACUACCGCCCAGAACAUCAUGCUCCUCAGCAAGGCUAUCCGCCUCAAGACUACAACAGACAAGAUCAAUAUGCACCGCCUCCGCAGUCUUACCACCAACAAGCUCCCCCGGAGUACAGAUCGUCAGAGCAGCAACAGUACCCCCCGCCGCCUCAGCAGGGGUACCAGCAACAUGGCUCCGGACAACCGGGUUACCCUCCGCGAGAGUAUCGCGAGGGUGAGUAUCGGAGACAGGACUAUUAGAGCAGACUUGGGUCGUGAUCACUACGGGCUUUGAUUGGUGUGAGUAAGAAGAUUGGCAUAAUACCUUGUCGCCCCUCUAUCCGUAUAUGAAUUCCAAUGUGUGUGAUGCAUACAAUAGAACAAAUUUUCGAUGA